ACUUCCUGGCUUUUAAAUAUGACUGCUCGACUCGGGAAGAAAUUGUACCGCAAAUCAGCGGUUCAUUCUAUGGAGACAUCAGUAUUCAGAGCUUUCCUUUAUUUUCUAUAGCAUCCCGGCUUUCGCGUGGAACAUCAGCCAGCCGUGUACGUGACUGUACAGAGAACGCUGGGCAGGAUGACCCGAACCCUGUGUGCGCUCUGCAUUUUUCUGUUACUAUGGUGUUUUCUGCUAUGUACCAGUGAGGGAGCUGGGAAGAAGAGAAAUCGUAGCUCCCAAGGAGCAAUUCCCUCACCAGACAAAGGCCAGCCAAACACCUCGGAGCAGGCGGGAAACCGGAGCAAUGUGGAUGAAGUCUUGGAGUCGAGUCAUGAGGCACUUCACGUCACUGAGAGGAAGUACCUGAAGCGGGACUGGUGCAAAACACAGCCCCUCAAGCAAACCAUCCACGAAGAAGGCUGCAACAGCCGCACCAUCAUCAAUAGGUUCUGCUAUGGCCAGUGCAAUUCUUUUUACAUACCAAGGCACGUCCACAAGGAAGAGGGCUCUUUUCAGUCCUGCUCCUUCUGUAAGCCUAAAAGAUUCACCACCAUGACAGUCACCCUAAAUUGCCCUGACCUGCAGCCUCCCAUUAAGAAGAAAAGAAUCCAGAGAGUUAAACAGUGUCGCUGUAUUUCCAUCGAUCUCAACUAAAGUGAGAAGAAUACCAUCAUCACAAUUUGACAACCUGCAACGUAAUGAACCACAGUCAUAACUCUGGGACAAAUGCAUUUAAAUAUGUUUGUAUCCUCAAUUACCUUUAUCUGUUUAAGGACUUGGAUUCAGAUCCAAUCCCCGAGUAGAUAAUUUCCACUGUGUGGAGUGUGAAUAGUCAGAGAGAAGGAUAUGAAUAUUUAAAUAAUUAUUUCAAAGCUCUUGUUCAGAACAUUGUGGGUAUUUAAUAAUUAAUUUCCGUUUCAUUGUGUGAGAUUGUAUUCAACUUAAUUUUGCCCAUAAUACUACAAUGCUAACCAAAAGGGAGGUAAUUCUGGUAUUCAUGAAGUUUACUGAACAAUUACUUUACAAUUAACAUCAUGCAUAACUCAUUGUAAGAGGCUUGACUUUAAAAUAUAUUUGAACUAAUAAAAUAUCUAGUAGUUUACUUUGUAAUUGGCUGGUCAUUCACAAAUAUGCUUCCAAUGAUUGCCAUUAGAAGUGCGAGUGGGCAGGAAAAGCAAUCAUCUAAGCAAGAAAUGCAUUCUUGGACAUGCUUGUCUUUUGAUUGCUUUAGCAGCAGUACAAAGUGCCUCUGUAACCAACUGCUGGAUGUGCACAAAAGCUUCGAACUUCAAAAUACAAGUACAGAAUCAUUUGUAAACCACUUAGAUGCACUAAGCAUCCAACUUGAUAUGUUGUUUAAAAAAAGCAUUUUUAAUGGGCUUAUUAUACACCCUGAAGAGCACAAUUAUGGGAAUAAUUAACACCUUUGCCAGCUACAUGAUAGAGAAUGGCAGGAUUGAUCCUAGAUCCUUCAUACAACUUUACUGAUUUCUUUAUUUUUCCGCUGAGAUGGUUGUAUAGAGAGGGUACUAUUGCUGCUACAUAUAUAUUAAAUAUAUGAUGAAUGCAGAGAUCAAACCUUGUGUCAUUCACUUACCAUUAUAAUUACAUGUUGAUAUUUCCCCUGAGGCUGUUUCUUUUUGACAUGCUUGAAAUAUCUCCUUAUGCAGACCAAAGAAAGAACAAAAGUGGUACUUGUGAAUAUAUUUGUAGAAAGCAACAGUAUUUUGGCUUUUAAUUUAAUGCCCUUAGCGUAAGUGUGUAUUAUACUUGCUGCUUUUUACUGUAAAAAAGUAUAUUAUACGUUUAUUUCAGUUUCUGCUGUUAAGUAUUAAAUUGUUGGGUUGAACAGGUAGCACUGUGAUGGAGCAUCAUUGCACAGUAACAUAAAUUGGUGGGAUAUAAAGUUACAAUACCUAGUGCUCCAAUGCUGAGCAUCUCAUUUUGAAUAGAUUACUAGACGCGGGAAAGAGAAACUAAAAGCUUUCCUGCAACGUGAAUGAGAAUUAACUUCGGACCUUCCUCAUGCAGAUAAAGCAUGUAUAGAAGUAGCUCAUAUGUACUCAAUGGCACUCAAGAGAGUGCAGGGAAAGAGAGGAUGGUGAAUGACAAAGAUAAAUGAAAAUAAAUGGGUAACCACAUGUGUUUUUGUUUGGUUAUUGGAGAAUGAUCUUCAUUUUGGAAUAACUGUAUGGAAUCAUCUGUAAUUCAUUACAAAAUGUAAGCUAUUCAUAUUGAAAUGAUGGACUUAUAUCAAUAUCAGAAUAAUGCUGUCAGAUCGCUGAUCACUACAUUUCACAAAAAAAAUUCUGAUCUGAGAUUCAGAAUAAUACUACCCAUACUGAAUAUAAUGAACUGAAUCCACCUGGAUCUGAUGACUUUGAAAACAUCCCUUUGAAUUCCAGUAGCAAGUUUUUGUGAAGAGGAACCAGUUCAUCUCUUCCCUACUCUCUUAGGGAGUGUCAAAUCAUGAGAAGAAGCAGGAGUAACCAAUGCAUUGUUAUUCUAUUGGAUAAUUCUGCAACUCUUAUGCUUCAGCAGCAUUACACACUGAAUGAAAACGCGAUUGCAUGAUCAUGGUGCUCUCCUGUAUAGUGUAAGCAUGAUGAUUCUGCUUGGUAUAGCCAGGCAUCAUUAGUAGCAAUUAAUUAGAUUGACUCAGUAAUAUUAAACGAUGAACACUGUAUGUAUUUAUGCUUACUUGUGCAUUGUAAUAUUUGUACUCAUUUUACUGCAUGUACUGCAGAUUAUUUCGUUGUUGAGCUUGCUUAUCUUCACUGUCUCAUCCAGAUGUGGUAAGUUUUAAAAAAAACAAGACGUCAUAAAAAGAUUGUAAUUAAGCAAAAUAAGAUCUCAUUCCAAGCAUUUUAUUUGCCAUGUUAAAUGUUAGUACACAAAUAAAAACUACCUUCCGAA